CAGAAAGACCUCGUCCCUGUCAACUAGUAAAGGAUUAACUGCCUGCCGGUCGGUCCUCCUCACAGCCGCUCUCACCUGCAUAUUUCAGAAAGCCAAUAGAGAGAGAGAGAGAGAGGCGAAAAGACGAAAGCAUGGAGAGAGAAUGCAAGGCGAAAGGACGAGAGAGAGAGAGAGAGAGAGAGCUAGGUGUAGAGUUACAGGUUUUAUAGCGGAGGGUGGCAGAACAAUUUUAACUUUAUCUUCCAAAUAAUUCCGUCUCUCUCUCUCUUCUCGCUGAGUUCUCGUUGCUCUGCAUUUUGAUAGCACAGCUACAACGAUGUGAUGGAACCAGCAAAAUCACCCAAAAUAGAUUGAAAAUAAAAAAAAAAACCACUCUAUUAACGCAUUAACUCUCUGAAAAAUCCUUAGCCGACGUCGCGUCAAUGUCGGUGGACAGACCUAGAAGCUAUGGUCGUAGGACUCAGAAGUCCGAACUGAUGCUGCAAGCUUAGGUUCUGAUGUUUAUUUGCCUUUUUUGAUGUCUCCCUUGUUCGCUCGGGUUUGGAGAAGUGUGAGUGAGCAUGUGAGGGUCGGUUGUUUCUGUGGAAAAUGUUCAUUUAUAAGCGAUGCUUCAGUAGUGAAAUGGAGUUUUCUCAGUUUCUCGCCGUAGAAUGACUUCUCUUCCGGUGUUUGUGAUGGCGUAUCGGUUUAUGCUUCUCCUUCUGGUUCUUCUCUUCUGUUUUCGCUUCAGUUCAUCCGACGACUCCAACUCCGACUCCAACGACGGUGCAACGCUUUUGGAGAUCAAGAAGUCGUUUGGAGAUGUCAACGGUGUAUUGUAUGACUGGACGGAUUCCCCAUCUUCGGACUACUGUUUCUGGAGAGGAGUAACAUGUGACAAUGUGACCUUCAAUGUCAUUGCACUGUUUAAAUCUCGAAGGAGAAAUCGCACCUGCAAUUGGAAAUCUGAAAGGCCUACUCUCUGUGUAUUACUCAUCGUCUUUAAAUCUUUUCUUCUGAAGUUGUAUGAUUUUAAGGGAAAUCGUCUCUCUGGACAGAUCCCGGAUGAAAUUGGGGAUUGUUCAUCUUUGAAUUACCUGGACUUGUCUAUAAACAACAUCAAUGGGGACAUCCCAUUUUCAGUUUCAAAGUUAAAACAGUUGGAAAAACUGAAUUUGAAAAAUAACCAGUUGAUAGGACCCAUUCCUUCAACCUUGUCUCAGAUUCCAAGCCUAAAAUUUUUGGACCUAGCCCAGAAUAACUUGAGUGGUGAAAUACCAAGGCUCAUUUACUGGAAUGAAGUUCUACAGUAUCUGGGAUUGCGAGGGAAUAAUUUAAUAGGAACUCUCUCUCCUGAUAUGUGCCAAUUGACUGGGUUAUGGUAUUUUGAUGUAAGAAACAAUAGCCUGACUGGGAGCAUUCCUCAGAAUAUUGGAAACUGUACUGGCUUCCAGGUCUUGGACUUGUCCUACAACCAGCUCACGGGAGAGAUUCCAUUCAAUAUAGGGUUCCUGCAAAUUGCUACAUUAUCUCUUCAAGGAAACCGCCUUACUGGGCCAAUUCCAUCUGUGAUUGGUCUCAUGCAAGCCCUUGCUGUGUUAGAUUUAAGCUUCAACCAAUUAAGUGGAACUAUUCCUCACAUUCUUGGCAAUCUGACUUACACAGAGAAAUUGUACUUGCAGGGUAACAAGCUGAGAGGAUCAAUUCCACCGGAGCUUGGAAACAUGAUAAAUCUCCACUAUCUGGAACUGAAUGACAAUCACCUCACUGGGCAUAUUCCACCUGAGCUUGGGAAGCUGACUGAAUUGUUUGAAUUGAAUGUUGCAAAUAACAAUCUUGAAGGGACAAUUCCUGCCAAUCUCAGCUCAUGUACAAAUCUCAAUACUCUCAAUUUACAUGGCAACAAAUUGAGUGGAACCAUCCCACCCCAAUUGGAAAAGCUUGAGAUUAUGACUUACUUGAAUCUUUCCUCAAAUUAUCUCAAGGGUCACAUUCCUAUUGAGCUGUCCCGAAUUGGUAAUUUGGAUACACUGGACAUUUCAAAUAACAAGAUAAGUGGUUCCAUUCCUUCUUCCCUUGGUGACUUGGAGCAUCUUUUAAAACUGAACUUGAGCAAGAACCGUUUGGUCGGAUACAUUCCAAUGGAGUUUGGAAAUUUGAGAAGUGUGAUGGACAUUGAUCUUUCAAAUAAUCAUCUUGGAGGCCCAAUUCCACAAGAGCUUGGUCAGCUACCGUAUCUGUACUCACUGAGGGUACAAAACAACAAUUUAUCAGGGGAUGUGCUGCCACUUGUUAACUGCUUCAGUCUCACCAUUUUAAAUGUAUCUUACAACAACCUAGUUGGUGAAAUUCCUACUGGAAACAACUUCUCCAGGUUCAGACCUGAUAGCUUUGUUGGGAAUCCUGGUCUUUGUGGAUACUGGCUACGUUCUUCAUGUCAUGCAUCACACCUGCCGGAACGAGCUACAAUCUCUAAAGCGGCAAUCCUAGGAAUUGCUUUGGGUGCCCUUGUGAUCCUUCUUAUGAUCAUAGUGGCAGCAUUUCGGCCGCAAAAUCCAACACCCUUUCUGGAAGGAUCCCCGGACAAACCAGUAGACUAUACAUCACCGAAGUUGGUAAUCCUUCACAUGAACAUGGCUCUUCAUGUCUAUGAGGACAUCAUGAGGAUGACUGAGAAUCUAAGUGAGAAAUACAUAAUUGGUUACGGUGCAUCAAGUACUGUGUACAAAUGCGUGCUGAAGAACUGCAAGCCAGUGGCCAUCAAGAGACUGUAUUCUCACUACCCGCAGUGCCUGAAGGAAUUCGAGACCGAGCUUGGGACAGUUGGAAACAUCAAGCAUCGUAAUCUUGUAAGCCUCCAAGGUUAUUCUUUGUCCCCCAGUGGGAACCUUCUCUUCUACAACUACAUGGAGAAUGGAAGCCUCUGGGACCAUCUGCAUGGCCCUUCGAAGAAACAGAAACUUGACUGGGAAACUCGCCUCCGAAUAGCAGUAGGAGCAGCUCAAGGACUGGCAUACCUUCAUCAUGACUGCAGCCCUCGUAUAAUCCACAGGGAUGUGAAAUCAUCUAACAUACUCUUGGAUAAGGAUUUUGAGGCCCAUCUCACUGACUUUGGCAUCGCGAAGAGCCUGUGCAUAGCCAAGGCUCAUACAUCUACGUGCAUAAUGGGCACAAUUGGCUACAUUGAUCCUGAAUAUGCUCGCACUUCCCGUCUCACUGAGAAAUCUGAUAUCUACAGCUAUGGGAUUGUCCUGCUUGAGCUGCUGACUGGAAGAAAAGCUGUGGACAAUGAUUCCAACCUGCAUCAAUUGGUCAUGUCCAAAGCUACCACCAAUGCUGUGAUGGAGACCGUUGAUUCAGAAGUCACUGCUACAUGUGAAGAUCUUGGAGCACUAAAGAAGGUAUUCCAGCUUGCCCUUCUCUGCACCAAGAAACAACCCUCAGAUCGGCCAACAAUGCACGAGGUGAGCCGUAUACUUGGGAGCCUCCUCGUGACACCUACACCCCCAGCCAUGGCUAAGCAAUUGAGUCAACAACUGCCACCCCCACCAGGACCACCACCAGCAGCAUUGACACUGGCCAAGGUGCCAAGCUAUGUGGAUGAGUAUGUGAACCUCAAGAACCCAACCAUGGUGAACUGUGGAUCCCUGAGCACCUCUGAUGCUCAACUUUUCCUGAAAUUUGGGCAAGUAAUUUCACAGAACAGCGAGUGACUUGGAAGAGAUGACUUCCCUCAGUCCAAAAUACAUACAUAAUGGAGAGAUUGUGCAUGAGAAAAAAAUUGUAGACUUGGUAAGCAGGAAGGUGGUUAUCCAUUUUGCUUGGUAAGGUGUGGUAUGUCUAUGUAUUUACCCCAUUUAUGCAAUUAAUUAAUGUAGAUUAUAUUGGUGGUCUGAGAAUGGGGGGAAUUAUCAUGGCUACCUAUUCUUAUUGUGUUAGGUUAUAUGACAUUUUGACUAGUACAAGGUUUGAAAAAUCGGAUCGAUCCUGUACAGAAAGUAGGGUUUAAGGGCUUUUUAAGAUUUCCAUUGGUUCUGGCCGAUAUGAUUUGAUCUGGACAUAGGCUAACUGAUCUGUAUCCUGACUCCGAGUUUUUAAACCCUGCUGUGACAGUAUCUAAAAUUCCCACCAAAAGAAAGGGAAAAGGUAAAUAUCUUGAUAUCAUCUUAGAUGUCAUGUUGGCUCUA